CUGGGCGGCGAGUCAUUCAGCACGGACGUGCUGCCCUGGGUGCUGGCGGUCCUGUGGGGCGCACUGGCGCUGUGGCUGCCGGCCCUGGGGCUCAGCAGUCUGCGGGAACUGCACGAGGGAGCGCACGCGCGGCCGCCGGCGGCGUCGUCGGGUGCUGGUGGUGGUGUGGAUGCUGCCGAGGCGCCGCGGGGCGUGGAGGGCGCCGCGCCCGCCGCCCCCGGCUUCGGGCCGCCCGAUGACGUGGAGCUGCCCGACGAGCGCGUCAUGGCGGCCGGCUACCUGACCCUGGCCGCCACCGUGACAGCCAUUGAGAUGGCGCUGCCGCCCUUCGCGUUCGACUCGGUGGGCCAGACCGUCACCUCCCUCAUCAAGCUGGUGUUCCUCAUCCUGGCGGUUGGCAGUUGGCCGGCGCUGCUGAUCUACCCCUACGAGGCCGCCAAGCAGCGGCCCGAGGCGCGGCGUCAGGUGCGGGAUUGGUUCCGAAACACGCUGGUGGCGAGCGCGGCGGAGGCUGGGGGCGCGGCUGCUGGUGCUGGGAAGGUGGGGGAGAAGGUGCCGGUGCCUACGUCUUGAGGAGCGUGAACCAGCGGCGGCAGCAGCAAUGGUACGGUAUGCAUGAUAGUACCGUAUGGGAGGGGCAAGGAUACGUGCCGCGAGGGAUGGUGAACGAAGUCGCAUGGGGUGUGGAGGCAUGGGGAAGAUGGGGGUUUGGUGGGCGAGCCGUAGGCUGAUUGAUGGUGUAGUAGCGUGAUGAUUUAUCGGUGCCGUGCGAGCGAGCGUGCGAAUCUGUCCAAUCAACAUAUGUGCGCGCAAGAGACGUACGCCUACAGUACGGCAGUACAUAAAAGAUUAUACAAGGUAGGGGGGUAGAGGGGUUGAUGGGUCGCUCCCCACGGCGACGAAUGCGAUGUGGGUGCGGUGCGUGCGUGUUCAUGCGUGCGUGCGUGCAUGUCCAUGUGGUCGCCGCGCGUGUAUGUGUGCGCGCAGUCGCGGCCAGCAGGGCUUCAUAUCACAUGUUCCUCUGUGCGCGUUAGAGAGAAGAUCUACUGUCGAAAAUUACACACGAAGAAUAAUCAAUUGGUGCCUGCAAUUUUGGCGACUGUGGUGAGGCGUGCUGUGAUGACGAGCAACGGUUGGGCGAGCGUGGACUGAAAUUGAUGUCCACCAUCGAGCAUUCAAGCGAGAGCAAGGCUUGACGAGUUGAGAUAAUGUGUGGCGUGGCAAGUAAGGCGAGACAGCGUGCGCGUCCGCAGCUGCACGAAUUUCAAUCUGUAACAAAUACACACG